CCAUGUUACAAGUGGCAUUUUGUCACCUACUGACCACCUUUAGGAACAUACCCAUCAAGAGAGGAGAGAAAGAGAAUGUCACAUAUACAUCUAAUUCCCAGAUUCAAAAGCUCAAAGCCUCACGGACUUGCAUCCUCAUGUACAUGUACAUGAGUUGAUGACCAAGAAAGAUCAACUAAUCUUCAGAAGCUUGUAAUGAGAGAAAGCUGAAGCCACUUCUCUCUGGUUUCAACCCUUCCCCAGCACACAAAUGGCUACCGAGGGUGACGAUCAAGAACCCAUACCGAUAACGAAAAGAGAAAAGGAAGACAAAGACUUGACAAAAGGGCACUCGGACACUACUGUUGAUCAAUUUCCUCCUGGGGAACUGAAGAUAAUAGAUAGUGGGCCUAACCAACCUCUUGAAACUGUUACAUACAUGGUUAAAAAGGAAAAUGCAGAACCAGCAAGUUAUCUUGGAGAAAAUGUGAGUACUGUCUUCGAAGGCAAUGUUGGAGCCUCAGAAGGUGAUAAGUUUUUGGAAUCACCGUUGGUUGCCAAGGUUGCUGACACAGAACCCAGCAGAGUACCAGAAGAUUAUCUAGCUGAUGAAAAACCAAAUCAAGCUGAGAAAGAGACGGUGGAUAACAAAACCCAGUUGCAGAAGGAGCAAAAAAUUGAAUUUAAAGAAGAGAAAAGAGAUGGCACAGAAAAGAGUGAGACCAACCAUGACAUGAUAAGUACCGUGAUGGUUAAAAGAGAGGAAACUCUUGAGAAAGAGAAAAUCUUUGACCAAUCUGAUGAAAUUACCAAUGUUAAAUUAUCCAUUGAAGAAAAGCCACCAAGUACGGAUGAAGCAAGUAGUUGCUCACAGGAGGAGCAAACAGAUGGCACAAACACAGAUAUCAAUACUGCUUUUGAAUGCAGGAAGCAAGUUCUAGAAAGACAAGAGGCAUCCCCAGGUCAAAAUGAAGAAGCUCCAGUUCUGACCACUGAUUUGAGAGUAGACAGCUUGAACAUGCAUAAUGGUAUAGUACCAGAGGCUCCCAACAAAGAAGAAAGCAUAGACAAUACCUGUAGUACCAACCCCACAUCAAUUCAAGAUGAAUUUGCAGAAACGAGCUCUGGAGGGGAAAAAUACAAGGAAUCAGAUGAGUCCUCAAUGAGCAAUGUGAAGAGUCAUUCAGGCAUUCAAAAUGAUGAAGAAGCAACCAUGGAGGUUGGGAAUGAUGCUGAAGGCCAGCUUGACAGCCCAUAUAUUCCAAAGAUAAUAGAAGAAGUAAGGUUGCAAAAAGCUGGACUUGAAGUAGAAGGGAGGCUUGAAGAGACCUCCACUGACAAGUUUAAAUCAAUCGAGAAGAUGGAAGACAUUAUUCCAGUCAAAGAUGAAAACAAAGAAAAAAGCUUAGAUACUCCUCUUGUCAAGGAAGAUGUAAGCUUCCAGAAUGCAUACAAAGAAGAGACAUUCAAAGAUGGUUCUGUAAUUGGUUCAGAGGAAAUUGUUGAGAGUCCAAAAGAAGUAGAAAUCCAAAAUGAGGUCCUUGAAAGAACUACCCAAGCUGAUAGCACCACUAGUGAAAUGGUCAAGGUUGUGAAAGACCUUGAACAAAAGCUUGAUGAUUCAUUCAUAAAACACAAGGCAUGUUUGCAGAGAGAUGGUGCGGAGCUGACCUUAACAGAGGCCUCAAAUGAGGAUAACAGAGAUGGGGAAGGAUUUACUGUCACAGAAGCAGAAGACAACAACAGUAAUACAGAACCUAUCAUUGCAGAAGGGCAUGGUAAACAGGGUAUUUCAAAACACGGGGAAGGCCCAGCGCAGAGCGAGCAAGAUGAACUAGAAAUUGAGAAGUUUGAAAGAUCAUUGAAUGUGAAUUCCGAGGAGAUUGAAACAGCUGCUUCCAGUGAAUAUGAUGAAAAAAUAGCACAUGUUAGAGAGCAGGAACCCGCCGAGAAUAAUGAAGAAAGCUUCAAGGGAAUAGAGAAGGCUGAAAAACCAACCAAUGCAGAUGAUUUCAUUAAGAAUGCAACUCCAAUAAAAAAGGAUCUCCCCCACAUUGAUAUGAAUAACAAGAUUCAAAAUGCAGAAGUUGAGGUCCCAAAGAGGUAUAGCAAUGAUUUGCAACUUUUAUUGACUGAAGAAACAGAACAAGGGCAAGGUGAAGAGAAAAAUGAAGUGUCGAAAUCAGAAAGCAAAAAACAAGUUGAUGAUACAACCACAUCCUCUACAGUAGAGGAAAAGCAGAUUGACGAUCCACCUGAAGUGUGCAAAAUUGCAGAGACCAUUUCAGAGCAUAUGUCUACAAGAAGUGUGAAAACUAUGGAAUUGAUCUCAAAUAAAAGCAAAGUGGAGAUGGAGAAACUUGUGCAGCUUUAUGAAUUGGACACCAAAAAGAAAUUAGAGGUCGAGGAUGCAAGGGAGGUACAAAAUAAGGAUGAUGCUGCUGAUAUGGAGGGGGAUAAAAUUACGGCAAAAAGAGAGGAAGAUGGGCCAGUUAAAAUUAGGAGCACUGUUAGUAUUGAAGAAGAGACAAUUGAGCAAAGUCUGGAGGAGACAGCUCCUGAAUUACGCAGUGGAGAUCAUAGUCACAAAGCAGAAAAAAAUAACAAUAUAGAUGAUGAGGUACAUGACAAACCUAGCACUACUGGCAUUGACAAGGCUUUUCAAGGGCAGAUCAUAAAAUAUAGCAAUGUUACAGGCCUUCAACCAGAAGCUAUUGAAGAAACAGUCAAGAGCAUUCAACAUGACGAAAAGGAGGCACAGAAGUCAGGAGGGGAGGACACCGAAGAUCACACUGAACAACUCUCACCAGAACCCAUUGGAGAAGAUUUGCCCAAAACCCAUCACGAUGAUAAAAAGGAAUUAGAGAAGUCCAAAGGAGAGAUUUUUGAGGCUUCUAACACACCAGAGGCUAGUGAAAACAUUGCGUGGGAGAAAUAUCAGAAUGAUAGGGAUGAGAAUGGAUCUUGUACCAUAGUCAAUGACAACAAGGAUGACAAUACUAGGCAAGUCAAGACUGCAGAGAAUACAUCAGAAGAAAAUGAAGAUUCAGCAGAAAUAUUACACAAGAAUGAAACAACUAAGAAUCUUGAAGACAAGGUGAAUGUUAUGCCUGAGGAAAGUAAGGCAACCGAUUCAAAUGCAACUGCUGAAACAAUCAUCUGUGUGAAAGGGAAAAGAACAAUUCAAAACCUUGAAGAAGAUUUAGAUCUAGUUACAAACAUUGAAUCUGGCGAAAAUGAAGUAAUGUCAAGAGGAGAGAUUUCUGAAUUCGAGACAGCUACAGCGGGUGAGAGCAUUGCAUGUGAAACAAAUCAAAAUGAUGAAAUCCAAGAAGGAAAUUCCAUUGAAGCUUCGUUGGAGGAGAAGGAUGAGAAAGAAUCCCGCAUCAUUGUCACUAAAAACAAUGACAAUACAGUGCUGGUCAAGGUUGAAAAGAACCAGGAAGACAAAAUAUCAAAAUACAAGGAAGACUCAAAAGAAAUAUUGCAGAAAAAUGAAUCAGGAGAGGAGCUUGUACACAUGUUGGAUGUGAGGCCAAAGGAAAGUGAGGCAGCUGCUUCAAGUGAAGAUGCUGAAGAAAUCAUAAAUGUGAAAGAGGAAGGAACCACUGAAAACCUUGAAGAAGCUGUAAAUAUUGCUAAGAACUUUGAAACUGACAAAAAUGAGGAGAAGAAGUCAAAAGGAGAGAUUUCUGAUGAAACAAAGACAGAAACAGUGGUUGAGAGCAUUGCCCGUGAAAUAAAUCAGAAUGAUGAAAUCCCAGAGAGAGUUUCAAUGGAGGAUUCAAUGGAGAAGCAUGAGAAUGGACCUUGUAUCAUUGUCACUGAAGAGAACAAUGAUGAUACUACACUGGUCAAGGUUGAAAAGAGCAGGGAAGACAAAAUUUUAAAAGACAAGGAAGAUUCAAAAGAAAUAUUGCAGAAAGAUGAAUCAAGAGAGGAGCCUGUGCACAAGUUGAAUGCUACGCCCGAAGAAAGUAUGUCAGCCGAUUCAAGUGAAAAUUCUGAAGAAAUCAUACAUGUGGACAAGAAGGCAACCAUUGAAAACUGUGAAGAAGCCUUAGAUCUACCUAAGAACAUUGAAGUUAAUGAAAAGGAAGUAAAGAAGUCCAAAGCAGAGAUUUCUGAUGAGACAGAGACAGACACAGUGGUUGAGAGCAUUGCCUGUGAGACAAAUCAGAAUGACGAAAUGCCAGAAAGAAUUUCAAUAGAAGCUUCAAUGGAGGAGAAGGAUGGGAAUGGACCUUGUAUCACUCUCACUGAAGAGAACAAUUACAGCACCACACCGGUCAAGGUUGAGAAGAACCAGGAAGAUAAAAUGUUGAAAGAUGAGGAAGAUUCAAAAGAAAUAUUGCAGAAAGAUGAAUCAGGAGAGAAGCCUGCGCACAAGUUGAAUGCUAUCUCCAAGGAUAGUGCGGCAGCUGAUUCAAGUGAAAAUGCUGAAGGAAUCAUACAUGUGGAUGAGAGGGCAAUCACUGAAAAUCUUGAAGAAGCCUUAGAUCUAGCUAAGAACAUUGAAGUUGAUGAAGAGGAUGUAAAAAAGUCCAAAGGAGAGAUUUAUGAGGAGACAGAGACAGAUACAGUGGAGAGCAUUGUCCAUGAAACAAAUCAGAAUGAUGAAGUCCCAGAAAGAAUUUCCAUGGAAGCUUCAAUGGAGGAGAAGGAUGAGAAUGGGCCUUCUGUCACUGAAGAAAACAACAAUGAUACUUCACUGGUCAAUGUUGAAAAGAACAGGGAAGACAAAAUAUUGAAGGAUAAGGAAGGUUCAAAAGAAAUAUUACAGAAAGAUGAAUCAGAAGAGGGACCUGUGCACAAGUUUAAUGCUACACCUGAGGAAAAUGCAGCAGCUGAUUCAAGUGAAAAUGCUGAAGAAAUCAUACAUGUGGAAGAGAAAGCAACCAUUGAAAACCUUGAAGAAGCCUUAGAUCCAGCUAAUAACAUUGAAGUUGAUGAAAAGGAAGUAAAGAAGUCCAAAGGAGAGACUUCUGAGGAAUCCGAGACAGCUAGAGUGGAUGUGAAUGUUGGAUGUGAAACAAAUCAGAAUGAUGAAAUCCCAGAAAGAAUUUCAAUGGAUGCUUCAAUGGAGGACAAGGAUGAGAAUAACACGGAAGAUAAAAUAUCAAAAGAUGAGGAAGAUUCAAAAGAAAUAUUGCAGAAAGAUGAAUCACGAGAUGAUCUUGUACAAAUGUUGAAUAUGAUACCCAAGGAAAGUAACGCAUUUGGUUCAAGUGAAGAUGCUGAAGAAACCAUUCAUGCGAAAAACAAAGAGACCACUGGAAACCUUGAAAAAGUCCUAGAUAUUGUUAACAUCAAAGCAGAUGAAAAGAUGAUUUCCGAGGAGACAGAGACAGCUACAGUAGAUGAGAGCAUUGCUUGUGAAACAAAUCAGACUGAUGAGAUCCCAGAAAGAAAGUCAAUGGAACCUUCCAUGGACAAGAAGGAUGAGAAUGGAUCCUGUAUCACUGUCACUGAAGAUGAAAAUGAAAUUACUGCCUUGGUCGAGGUUGAAAAGAGCAAGGAAGACAAACUAUCAAAAGAUGAGGAAGAUUCAAAAGAAAUUUCGCAGAAAGAUGAAUCAGGACAGGAGCUCAUAGACAAGUUGAAUGCAAUGCCCAAGGAAAGGGAAGCAGCUGAUUCAAGUGAAGAUAAAAUCAUAAAUGUGGAAGAGAAAGGAACCACUGAAAACGUUCAAGAAACCUUAGACCUAGUUAAGAUUAUUGAAGCUGACGAAAAGGAAGCAAAGAAGUCCAAAGGAGAGGUUUCUGAGUGGUCCAAGACGGCUAGAGUGGAUGAGACUAUUGUACAUGAAACAGAUCAAACUGACAAAAUCCCAGAAAGAAUUUCAGUGGAGGACAAGAAUGAGAUUAAACCUUGUACCAGUGCCUCAGACAACAAUGACAAUACUACACCGGUCAAGGUUGAAUACAUCAAGGAAGAUUCAAAAGUAGUAGUGCAGGAUGAUGAAUCAGGAAAGGUGCACGUACACAUGCCCAAAGAAAAUAAGGCAGUUGUUUCAAGUGAAGAGGCUGAAGAAACCAUUCAUGUGAAAGAGGAAGGAACUACUGAAAACCUUGCAGAAGCCUUGGAUCUCAUUCAGAACACUAAAGCUGGUGAAAAGGAGAUUUCCGAGGAGAUGGAGACAGCUACAAUGGAUGAGAGCAUUGCCUGUGAAUCAAUUCAGAAUGAUGAAAUUCCAGAAAGAAUUUCAAGGGAAGCUUCAGUGGAGGAGAAGGAUGAGAAUGGACCUUGUAUCACUGUCACUGAAAACAACAAUGGCAAUACUACACUGGUGAAGGUUGAAAAGAACGGGGAGGAUAAAAUAUUAAAACAUGAGGAAGAUUCAAAAGAAAUAUUGCAGAACGAUGAAUCAGGGGAGGAGCCCGCACACAAGUUGAAUGUGAUGCCCAAACAAAGUCAGGCAGCUGAUUCAAGUGAAAAUGCUGAAGAAAUCAUACAUGUGGAAGAGAAAGCAUCCACUGAAAACCUUAAAGAAGCCUUGGAUCUGAAUGUUGAAGAUGAAGAAAAAGAAGUAAAGAAGCCCAAAGGAGAGAUUUCAGAGUCUGAAUCAGUUACAGUGGCUGAGAGCAUUGCAUGUGAAACAAAUCAGAAUGAUGAAAUUCUAGAAAGAAUUCCAAUGGAAGCUUCAAUGGAGGAGAGGGAUGAGAAUGGACCUUACACCACUGUCUCUGAAGACAGCGACGAUACUGCACUGGUUAAAGUUGAAAAGAACAAGGAAGAUAAAAUAUCAAUAUAUGAUGAAGAUUCAAAAGAAGUAUUGGAGAAAUAUGAAUCAGGAGAGGAGCUUGGACACAUGUUUAAUGUGAUGCCCGAGGAAAGUAAGCCAACUAAUUCAAGUGAAGAUACUGAAAAAAUCAUACAUGUGAAAGAGGAGGGAGCCACUGAAAAUCUUAAAGAAGCCUUGGAUCUAGUUAAGAACACUGAAUCUGACAAAAAGGAAGUUAAGAAGCCCAAAGAAGAGAUUUCUGAGAAAUUUGAGAUGGCUGCAGUGGGUGAGACCAUUGCAUGUGAAAAAAAUCAGAAUGAUGAAACCCCAGAUGAAAUUUCAAUGCAAGAUUCAAUGGAGGAGACUGAUGAGAAUGCAUCUCGUAUCAUUGUCACUGAGGACAACAAAGACAAUACUGCACUGGUAAAGGUUGAAAAGAACAAGGAAUACAAAUUAUCAAAAGAUGAGGAAGAUUCAAAAGAAAUGUUGCAUAAAGAUGAACCGGGAGAAGAGCUCAUAGACAAGUUGAGUGCAAUGCCCAUGGAAAGGGAGGCAGCUGAUUCAAGUGAAGAUGCUGAAGAAAUCAUGCAUGUGAAAGAGAAAGGAAUCACAGAAAACCUUGAAGAAGGCUUAGAUCUAGUCAAGAACAUUGAAGCUGGCAGAAAAGAAAUAAAGAAUUCCAAAGAAAAGGUGAACAUAAUGCCUGAGGAAACUGAGGCAGCUGAUUUAAGUGAACAUGCUGAAAAAAUCACCUCUGUGAAAGGGCUAGGAAUCAUUCAUAACCUUGAAGAAACCUUAGAAAAAGAACAGGAAAAAGAAGAGGAAACAGAAAGAACUGAUAAUACCAACAAGAAUACAGUAGCAAAAGACGAGGAUCGCAAACCAGAAGCAGAAACAUUUGAGGCAAGCAAAAGCGUAAAGAGUGCAGACUUGGACUCUAUAAAGAAACUAGAGGGCAUGAACGUGGGGGAAAUUGUAGGAGAAGAUAUAAAGGUGGUACAAACAGAAUGGCAUAAAAUUGAAAUACAAUCAGGUGAUGAUGCCAAGAAAAGUAUGAUAGAGGAUAAUCCUCCUGACAAGCACAACAUGAGUGAAUGCAUUGGAGAAGCAGCAGCUGAGCUGAGGUGCCAAGAUGAUGAAGGAAGAAAUAGCAGUACCACAGUAGCAGCUGCUAACCUGAAUGGGGAACAAGGAUGCCGUAGAGAUAACGAGGCAAUGAAUUGGAAAAAUCACAUUAUAAACAAAGAGGUAAAUGAGAAUCCUAUUGCUGGCACCAGUGAGGAAAUUGAAGAGAAUAUCAUUAAAAAAGAGCAUGUUGUUACAGAUAAUUCACUAGAAUCCACUGAAAAUGAGACAUGUCAGAGCCCUCAAAAAAAUGAAAAGGAGGAAGAGAAGCACAGCAUAGAGAUGAGCAAGGAACUUGAGAUAACCAGCGUAAUUGGAAAACAGAUUUCAGAGGAGGAAAACUAUACUGGAGCAGAAAUAAUUGACAAAAGCUCUAAAGAAGAAGUUGCAGCAAAGAUGCCCAAACAAGAAGUACCCAAGAUAGUUCAGACAGUUGACAAAGGUGAGGACAUUGUAAAACAGAUAAUGGAGGAAAAUGACACAGCAAAGGAUGACUUUGAGGCAUCUGUUCAAGAACAUAAAGAAGAAAAAAAGCCUGUAGAAGAGAAAGAGGAUAAAGGAUUUGACAAAGAGGUGUUUGAGACAACCAGUGCAUGCAAAGACACCAAGGAACAGAUCGUGAAGGAGAUUGACAAUAAGGACAACUCUAUAGAGUUCAGUGAAAAAGAAACAGUUCGAGAGAGCUCCCAGGAAAAUGAGGUUGAAGACUCAAAGCUAGAAUUUAUCAAAAUGACUGAGGCAACAGGUUUUGCAGAGGAAAUAAAAACUGAAACCCUAAAGGACAGCACAGAGUUAAUUAAGUACCUAAAUGCCUCAAAUACCACAGCUGAAGAAACAAGGCCAAAAUGCGGCAAUGAAGACUUCUUUGAGAACUCUUCAUUAGUUUUUGAGGGCUCCCAGGAAAAAAUAAAAGUGGAACUCUUGAAGAAAGAAGAGGCUAUUAGUGAUGAUUCUGAAACUGCAGAUGUUGCAGCAACGACAGAAGAAACAAGCCAUGUUGAACCAGAAGACAAAAGGCAGAUAGAAAGUUCUGGUCCACAUGAUGAGGAGGACCUAGCUGAAACAAGUGGGACUACCAUAGAUGGUGAAACAGUUGAAGAAACCUCCAGCUUCUCUGAAUGUAAAGAUGAGGAGACUUCAACAACAGAAAGAGAUGACGAAAGAAAGGAAUCUUCCACACUGACAUCAAAAGAACAUGGGCCAUUGAUAACUGAAGUGAGUGAAACAAUAGAGAUGACUCUGCCCGCAGAAAACGGAGAAGCUGAACAAACAACAGAAGCAACAACACUGUCGAAGGAAGAUAUGCUCACAAACCUAGAUGAUGUCUCUAUAUCGAGAUCUACUAGGAAAAAGAGAGCAAGUGAAGAAUUCCAGAAAUAUGGGGAGAAAGAGAAGCAUAGUCUGGAGCCACACACCAGAAAUAAUAGCAAUGAAUCAAAAAGCACAGAAAGUCCAAAGAGGCAGAAGACUAGUGAACUAGCAAAUCCCAACGAGAUUAACAAAUCAGAGGAUUCAAAAUAUGAAGGUAUAUUGAAACUAGAAUUUGAAGAGGACAAAUUUGAAGAUAAAAAGCCAUCUGAGGUAUCCUCUGUAUCAAUUGAAGCAAUUACAACAUCCCCAGAUACUGAUAAGGCAACACAAGAAGAAGAGAACUCUUCUAAGAGCUUUGAAGGUGGCUUAAAUGAAGGUGUUGGAGUCGGGAAAGCAGCAGAUGAAUUGGAGGCAGGAAGUCAUAGCCAUGGAUGCAAAGCUUCUGUUAUGGAAGAGGUAAAGAAUCAUAAAUCAUUGCAUCCUGAUGCAAAGCUUCAACAUACCUCUGAAUUGAUGGCUGAAGAGAAACAUGUUGAAACACAUGACAAAAGCAAUAAUAUUGAAGACAGCAAUGGUGCUGAGGGUCUGAAUGUUGCGCCUGUUGAAGAACAAACUAUUGGGCAAACAGUUCGACAAGGUGGAAAGGAAACAUAUGAGGCGCCAGAGGCCAAACAGGAGACAAUCAAGAAUGUCAUUUCAACUGAAGAGGUGCUUCACAAAGUCGAGAAAGCUGAUGAAAGUGAAAACAUCAAAAGACAGAUCAUACAAGAAGAGAGGAGUGACAGCAAGGAACUACACAUGGUCACCAUUGAAUAUAAAACAGUCAAUGAGGUAAAGGAUUCAGAUCUUGUUUCCUUUGAGAAUCUUAAAGCAACAGAAUACAGUGCCGAGACAGAAGCAGCAACCUCAGAGCCUGCAGAAGAUUCAAACAGGGUGCGGGAAACUUCUCUAGUUACAGAUGCACCAGAAGAGAAACAGACACAGAAAGGUAGUAACAAUCAAUCUUUCAAUGACUCUACCUUGGCAUUGGAAAUCUCAGAGGCAAGCAUGAAAGAGGAGGUCAUAGAGGAAACAAGUAAUUUUCAUGAAAAGAUUGAUACUACAUCCAUAAAGGAAAUAACAGAAGAGGCAAGCUUGCAGGAAUAUCAGCUAGAUGAAAAGACAGCAAAGGCCUUUGGCAUUAUUUCAGAAGAAAAGACCCUGAAAACAAUUGAAACAACCAAAACUAGUCCGCAGGGAGAAGAAAUUGACGGCAUAAAGCUUAAAGCAACCUCUGACUUGGCAAAUUCAGACCAGGAGAGUAUAGCAGUGGAAAACCCAGAUGUAGAUACAGAAAAAACCAAAAGAACUUUUGACGCAGUGUUGGAGUCCAGAGAUCUGAAUGCAAAAAAUAUCGACCGAGCUGAGAAAAUCAUGACAAUGGAAAAGUCAAGCAUGGAGAACUUUGAAGAAGAAAUAAAGGAAGUUAAUGAAACAUUGUUAAAAUCCCAGCAUCAAGGUGUUGAAACAAGAACUGAAGAUGAGAUCACUACAGCCACAAUUGAACAUGCUCUCCCAGCUGAAAAAUCAGAAGAUCAACUUCAAAAAGCAUCCUCUGCAUUGCUUACCAAAGAACAGAAGCACAGAAGUAUAACCAAAGAGGAGGAUGCAGAAGAUGACACAAAGGAAAAUGAAACCAGAGAAAAUGAGAAUCUAGAAGAUUCCAUGUCCACAAAGACAAUAGAAGAGAUAUUGUUGCCAAAGGAAGAGCCUGGGGAGCUCAAACCCUCAACAGAGGCAUCUGAUGUCAUUGAAGACAUAAAGAACAACCCAAAUGAAGAGCAAAUGAAAGAAGAAAAGACCUUUGAUGGGACAUCAAGACCUGAGCCUCAUGAAAGUGAGAGUAUCUCUGGGGCAAAGUUUGCUGAGCUUAUUCCAUCAGAAAGUGAGAAUAUUCCAGGACAAUCUUUAGUUAUUACUCAAUCGUCAGUUGAAGAAAUUUUAUCAGAAGUGGGCGAAAAGCUUGACGAAACACCAAGUCUUAGGCAGGAGAAGACAGGAAAGAAUUCUGACUAUGUUUCUCAUGUUGAAAGCCCUGAGGUACUCACCAAAUUUGAAGAAAAAAAAUUCGAGGAAGAGAAUUCCAAGACAGCUACAGCUGAGUCGAGAGCUGAAGAAAAUUGGCUAGAGGAAGCAACUGAUACAAAAGAUGUCAUUGAGAACAAACUUUCAAAUGAAGAGAUUGCAGAGGAAAAGGUGGUUGCCAAGGACUCUCACCCAGUGCUUGGUGAAGAAACAGCCAAAAAGAGCCACCAAGGGGAUGAACUAACAACUGAAGAACAUCAAGGAGGAAAGACAAGUGGAACAUUCAAGAUUGCUAAUAAUGGAAUCCAAAUCAAAGAGGUCAACAGCAACAUGCUAUUCAUUGUGCAUGACCCAAGCACAACAGUAACCAAUGACAAGGAAAUUGUCAGCACAAGCAAUGGGGAAAAGCCAAACACAAACCCCAACACUCCAACUACUGAUGCCGCAGCUAAAGAAGCACCACAUGAAAAAGGAGUUGAUAAAAUCAAGGAACCCUCUGAACCUGCUCCAGAGAAGCUGGUCCAUGAAGCCGUCAAAACAUAUGAAGAGAACAUAAAAAUUGAUACCAUAGUCACUGAUAAAUCAGAGAUCCUUGUGGAAGAUAAGAAUCAUAAGCAUGUAUCUCCUCUGUCGCCAUCUGACAGAACUGGUGCUACAGGAAGUUCAGACCUGAAAGGUCAAGCCAUUCAAAGCCAUGAAUCAGGCACUUCUCUCACUGAAAGCUCACAAAAGAAAAUAUCAGACAAAGAAAGCAAGAUCACAGAGGAUGAGAAACAACAUGAAUGGGAUUCAGACAAGCAAAUAACAACUGAAGUAAGUGCAGCAGCAGAAGUAAAGGAUGCUAAAGAUAAGGAUGAGGGAAUGAUACAGCUUUCAACUGGGGAAAACAAGAGGAGGCAUGAUGAAGCUGAAAAUCCCAGUGCAAUACACACUAAUGAAUAUGGAGGAACUGAAGAUCAAAAAGAGAAGUCUAGUACUUUAUCUCAAAUCCAGGAUUCGAGCAUAGGGAUAGUACAAGAAAGAGGCACUGUGGACACUGUUAUAGUCAAUGAAAUCACUCGAGACAUCAAGCAGAUAGAUAAAAUCACUAAUGCAGAAUCAGGAAAUUCAAUUCCAAUGGAAGCAAAUCCAAAUGAAAUGGCCACAAUGAGCCAUACAGAAGUUCAACCACUGGCGCAGAACAUUGGAGUAGAAGAGCUGGAACAAAGAAAUGCUUCACAGAUUGAACCAGAACUCAAAGAAGUAGAAUUUAGAGAACAGAAAAGAAUGUAUGAUACAAAUGAAGAAAUAGCCGAGUCCGCAUCAGUAGAUUUGGCUGGAAUUUCAUUAUCUGAACUCCUACAGGAAUCAAAAAAUGAAUCCCAGCAAGCAGCUGGACACAUUGUUGAAGACAGAAAACCAACAGACACCAAAGAAGAAAUGCAAACUAAAGAUGCAGAAACUUACCAAGUUGAAGAAGCACAGACAGAUGACGAAGAGGAAGGAAAUGAUGGCCAAAAGGUAGACCCAGGCUCUGAAGCCCCCAUUAUCGUAGAAGCUUCUAGAGACAAGGAUGUUAAGGUUGCACAUAAGAAAUCCCAUAAUUUACUCUCAGGUGUAGGAUCAAAAGUCAAGCAUUCAAUUGCCAAAGUGAAGAAAGUCAUCACUGGUAAAUCUUCCCACACAAAGACAGCGUCAACAAAAUCAAAUUAAAAAUGUUAGAAGCAGUUCGGAGGGCAAUUUGAUGUUAAAUCAUUCACUUAGUAGUUUAGUGUUCUGAUGAUUGGUUUGAGUGUGAUGUGUUUUUCCUACAGUAUGAAUCAAGUUAGAGUCAUUUGUAUGUAAAUUAUAUAGUUAGUCAUUAUUUGUGCAUAAAGUCAGUUGGUUUGAAAGUGAUUAGUGCUUGUAGAACUAUGAAUCAAACUCAGGGCCAUUAUCUGUAUAGAGUUAGUUUAAGAAGUUACAUGACUCCGCAUAUUUUCAAUGUCAAUAUUGCGGAUAAUAUGUUCAUACAUGUUUAAAAAGCCAUUAUGAUAAUCAGAUCUGUAGAUGGAGAAGGUUAGAAUGUCAAAUGUAACCCUAAAGAUUGCGAUUUACCGCAGUGCAAUUAUUAAUGCAAAAGAAGUAAGAAUCCAAUAAGACUCUUGUUUUGAUC